AUGAAUAAAAGAACAAGAGAUAAGAAUGACCUAGAUUUAAAUGAAGAAGAGGGAAUUAAUAAUAAAAAAUUAAAAGAAGAUAAUGAUAGUAGUAGUAAUAUUGUUAAAAGUUAUGAAAAUGAAUUUGAAUCGUUUAAAUUAAAGAAAAUAGGAGGGGAAUUAUCAAUAAAAAAGUUACAAACAAUUUUAAAAGAUAUUGGAUUACCACAUAGUGGUAGAAAAGUUGAUUUAAUUAAUAGAAUAGAACAAUAUUAUAAUAUUAAAAUCAAAUUAGAAAAAGAAGUUGAACAACAACAAAAUAAUAAUCCAUUUAAUAAAAGCCAACCAAUAUUAUUAAUUAAAAAUGAUUAUGAAAUACCAUUUUGGAAAGUUUUUAGAAAUAAAUCAAUAUUUAAAAAUAUAUUUUCAAAUUUCAAAUAUUCAAAUAUAUUUAAUUAUUCAAGAUUAUAUUCAGUUAAUAAUAUUUUUAAUGAUUUUAAUAAUUGUAUUGAAAUCAUUAGAGAUAAAGUAAAAUCAAAUAGUUAUUUAGCAUUUAAACAAAUUAAAGAUUUAGAUGAAUAUAGUAUAAAAACCAAUGAAACAACAGACGAAGAUGGAUUAAUAAAGAUUUUAGAUAGCUUUAAAGAAGAAACUCAAGAAAAUCGAUUAUUUUAUACUCGAUUUAUAAAUAACUAUUGUAAUAAAUCAAUUCACCCUUUAAUUUUACUUGGUAGAAUCGUUAAAGCUUCAAAUUUAUUAGCAUUAAAAUCAUUUCUCAAUACAGAAAUAUAUGUUAAAAGUAAAAUUCAAAUUAAAAUUGAAAUUAACAAAUUUUCAGAUUUACAAAUCUUAGAGUUUUUAAUUAAUAAAUACUAUAGAAAUAAUGAUGAUAAUAAUAAAAAAGAAAAAGAAAGUGAAAAAGAAAGUGAAAAAGAAAGUGAAAAAGAAAAAGAAAAAGAAAAAGAAAGUGAAAAAGAAAAAGAAAGUGAAAAAGAAAAAGAAAGUGAAAAAGAAAGUGAAAAAGAUAGUGAAAAAGAUAGUGAAAAAGAAAAAGAAAAAGAAAAAGAAAAAGAAAAAGAAAAAGAAAAAGAAAAAGAAAAAGAAAAAGAAAAAGAAGAAAAAGAAGAACUUAUUCAAAAAGAUUUAAAUGAAAAUGAAAUUGAUAAUCUUAAAAAAUUAAAAGAAGGUAGUGAAGGUAAUGAUAAUGAUAAAAAAAAAGAUGAACAAGAUGAAAAUUUAGUUUUUAUUGAAUCAAUUCGUAUAAAUGAUUUCAAUAUAUUUAAAGAACUUAAAUUAGGUGAAUUAAUUCAUUUAGCUAAAACAAUAUAUCAAAAUGAAAAAAUUGUUAAAUUAUUAGAAUUACCAACCUAUCAUAAAGUUUCAAUAGAUUUUCCAGAAUACAUCUUUUUUUCAUUAGGUGAAGAAUUUAAAAAUGAUUAUAUUAUAGAGAGAAUUAGAGAAUCCAAACUUGAUUUUUCAAAUAAAAUUAAAGAGGGUUUAUCUUUUUUUAAUGAAAUUAAAGAAUUUCAAUUUACAGAUAAAGAAUUAAAUGAAAAUUUAUUUAUGCUUUUAAAACCAUUAACAAAUUGGGAUAGACAUUUUUCAAAAUUAAAUGAUAAAUAUAAUAAUAAUAAUAAUAAUAAUAAUAAUAAUAAUAUCAAUAAUAAUAGUAAUGAACAAGGUUGUGAAUUAUCAUUAGUAAAAUAUAAUAUUUUAGAAUUAUAUAAUAAUAAAUUAAGAAAGAAUUAUCAAAGAUUAGAAGAAUAUUUUAGAUUUCAAAGAUAUGAAUUUGCUCAAAAAGAUUUUAAAGAAAUUUCAAGUAUUCAUAAGGAACAAAUUGAAAUUGAAAAAGAAAUUGAAAGUUUAUUUCAAAAAGAAAAUGAAUUUAUUGAAAAACAAAAUGAAAAAGAUAGACUUCUUGAAUCGGAUGAAAUUUGUAAAAAGAAAAAGAUAGUAUUAGGUUACAUAUUUUUACUAUUCAAUUUAUCAAUGCCAAGAAGGAAACCAAUUGAAUAUUAUCUAUCUUUUAAAGAUGAAAAAAAGGUCAUUGCAUAUGGCACUCAAAUGAAAGAUGAAUUUUUAAAUUAUGGUAUACCAAAUAAUGAGAUACUAAGUAGAAUUUCAGAGAUUGGGUAUGGGUCAAAUACAAGAGACCGAUUUAAAAUGAUAAUGAAUUCAAAGUUUUUAAUUGAAAAGCCAUUUAAAGAACAUUUUAUUAAUCCAUUGAAUUCACCUUUAAUCAUUGCCAAUGUUAAAUCAAAGGAUAUGUUGGAUUUAUUAUUUAAAAAUUUUAAUCAACAAUUCUUUAAAGAUAAUAAUAGAAAUUGGAAAUAUUGUAAUAGUAUAGAGAUUAUAGAAUAUUAUGAAAAGUUAAUGCAAUCAUUGGGUAGAAAAUUCUUAUUCUCUUUUGAUUUUGCUAACCGUUGUACAAUAGAAUGCAAAGGAAUUGAUAUUUAUCCAAAACUAUUAUCAAGAGCAAUCAGUAAUCCAACACUUUAUAAUCAUAGUUCAAAUCUUGCUCCAAAAGAAAGAUUAUUAAAAAUCAAUGAUAGAACCAUUGUAAAACAAAGAGCAUUCCUAUCGUUAUUAGAAUUAAAUUAUUUUAAAACUAUUACAUUUGACCGAUCUUUUACUUUUAACAAAUAUUCUUAUAAAAUUUCAAGAUGGAUUUCUGAUAAUUGUAUUUCAAAUAUAUCAAAACUCAAUUUUAAUGAUAAUGGUUAUACAAAAAUUAAAAUUCAAUUACCAAAUAAAAAAAGAAAAAAUAAUAAUAAUAAUAAUAAUAAUAAUAAUAAUAAUAAUAAGAAUAAUAAUAAGAAUGGAAAAGAAGAAGAAAUAGAAGAAGAAAGUACCACUUAUGAUGGUUAUGGUUAUAAUUCUGAUAAUUCUUAUGAUUCUGACGAUUAUGAUGAUUAUGAUAAUUAUGAUAAUUAUGAUGAUUAUGGUGAUUCUGAUGAUUCUGAUGAUUAUCUUAAUUUUGCUCAUGAUGAUGAUUCUAAUUAUGAAAAUGACAAUGAAGAUGAAGAUCAUCCUCAAGAUUAUAGCAAUAUGGCAAUUACAACAGCAGCAACAGUAACUGCAACAGCGACAACAACAACAGCACCAACAACAACAACAGCAACAACAGCAACAACAACAGCACCAACAGCAACAACAACGACAACUGAUAAUGGUAAAAGUGAUAAUGGUAAAGAAGAUGAUGAUGAUGGAAUAAUUAUGAUUAUUUUAAAUCAAUCACAAUUAAUUGAUAUUUUAUAUAAUUCUAAUCGUUUAGAUGAUAUAUUUAAAUUCAAACGUGAUUAUAAAUUUUCAAAUAGAAAUUUUUUUAGAAAGGUUGGACCACAUAUUCCAUUAUCAUUGGUUGAAAUUUUAUUAAAAAAUUCAAAUUUUAUCAAAAUUGGUAUUGAUAUUCAAGAAUUUUUAAAUUAUUUAGUUUUAAUUGGUAACCUUCCAAUUAUUAAAUAUUUAAAUUUAAAUUUUAGUCAUUUCUUCACAAAAAACCAAAGAACAAAGGAUUUAAAGAGUUUACUUUCAACUGCCAUUCGUUAUGAUUACCCUCAAAUCGCUGAAAUUCUUUUUGUUUAUAUAAAAUUAACAAGAUAUGAAUUCAGAAAAGAAGUUCAAACUGAUUUCUCAUUAGUAGAUUCACUCUACUAUAAUAAUUUGUGGUAA